AGUGAUUGGAAUGGCUGGGUAUCGCGGAGGAGGCAACGCGUAUUACAGCGAUCGCCCAGCGCCGCCGCCAUACUACAACAACAACAACAAUGGCCGGGACCGAGACCGCGACCGCGACCGAGAUCGAGAUCGAGAUCGAGAUGUGCGCGACCAUCGAGACCACCGCGACCACCGAGACGGCCGAGACCACCGAGACAACCGAGACCGAGACCGAGAGCGCGACGGCUACUAUGAGCGCGACGGACUGCGCGGCGGCGACCGACCGAGCUACCGAGACCGCAUGGACUAUGGCGGUGGCUAUGCUCCACAAGGACCGCCACCAGGAGGACCACCGCCAGGGCCACCGGGACGCGGCGGUCCUCAAUCAGGCGGCAGCGAGCCCAGCAAUAGCAGAGAUCGCGGGUAUUACCAGCAAGCAGGGCAGCAUCCGCAUCCGCCACAGCCACCACUGCCGCCGCAUGGAUACGCAAGCCCAAUGCAGAUGAACAGAGGGUACCCGCCGCCGCCGCAGCCGCAGCAGGCGUACGCGGGAAUGGGUAGCGACCAGCGGCCAGCUGCUGCCACCCAGGGCGAUCUCCCCCCAUGGCUCAGGUCGCAGCCAAUGCAGUCACACCAUAUGCAAGGGCAUGGAUUGCAAGCACAACAGCCGCCGCAUCCAAUGUACGGAGGCCUGGCAGGGUACAGCGGCUUUGGCUUGUUGCCUGCGCACUAUUCACAAUCUGGCAAGCCACUGUCAGACCCCACUCAUCCACAACAGCAACAGCAACAAGCACAAGCGCCUCCACCGCCGCCGCCGCCAAUAGGUGCAUCGUCAGGACUUGCUGCGGGCAACGGAAAUUCGUCGCAACAGCCGCCACCGCCGCCUCCAGAACCCGCUCAACCUCCGCCUCCUCCUCCACCAGCGGUGUCGUCACAGGCAUCGGGCGGUGCUGCAGCAACGUUGGGAGUGGCACCGCCACCUCCGCCGCCUGCCUCGCCUCCUCGAACGGGCGGCAAUCCUGCCGCGGAUCUGCCGUCGACCAGCGGUGGUGAAGCCUCUUCCUCGCAGCUCGCACCACCGCCGCCCAGCCAGCCAGCCACCGCUGCGCAAAUACUCUCAGCCAUGGGAAUUGUACCUCCUUCGACUGAACAACUGGUCCACUUUCCCCCAGGACUUGUUGGACCUGGGUUGGGGCCAGCAUUCCUCGCGCCCUUGGCCUCCAUGCCUCCAUCCAUUCGGUUACCGUCGCGAGAUGCCGUUGCUCACUUGACAAACUGGCCGACUGAUGCUCAAGACAAGCAGCAAUGGCACAAUCUCGCCGAUGGCCGCCGUGUCAAGACUGACAUUGACACACCUUCGGUAGUAGCUCUCAAGAAGGCGCAACAACGGGUUGAAGCAGCCAAGCUGAAUACGCGGUUUUACGACACACAACUCAAAGUCCUCAAAACCCAGUCUUCCUAUUUGGAGCAAUUUGGCAACUAUCCAUGAGUGCUUCCAAUUGAAUUGCAAAUCCUCCCCCCCCCCCUUUGUUGUUUGAAAACAGAUUGUUAAAGCAUUAACCAAACCAAUUACAAGUUGUUGUCAAACGCA